GUGUGGCUGUGUUUGUUAGUGCCAAUGUACAAUUUUAAAGCCUCAGCUACUUCUCAUUGUUUAAACUGAGUCGUUGCUGUAGUUAUAAUACAACCAAACUGUGUAUGAGCUCUAUAGCAAAUUACCACUUCGCCUUUUCCUCCUCAGCUGGUCAGUCCGUUAGCUACCUAGCAGCUAGCCUCAGUAACUGGUAGCUAUGGCUGCAGUUAUUUUGAGUUUCCCAACUCUGCAGGGUCUGAGGAUAUUUACACAAAAAUUGUCAUGGACCAGAAGAGGUGUGAGGCUUGUUUCAGGAGGCGUGGGAAGGAUAGAAAAGGUGCUGAUUGCCAAUCGAGGAGAGAUUGCGUGCCGCGUGAUGCGCACGGCCAAGAAGAUGGGCGUCCGCUCUGUGGCGGUGUACAGUGACGCAGACAGACACUCCAUGCAUGUGGCCAUGGCAGAUGAAGCCUACCACAUUGGCCCUCCACCCUCCCAGCAGAGUUACCUUUGUAUGGAGAAAGUUUUGGAAGUGGCCAAGAAAUCUGGAUCACAUGCGGUCCACCCUGGUUAUGGCUUUCUGUCAGAAAACACAGAGUUUGCGGAGGCCUGUAAGCAAGAAGGCAUCAUCUUCAUCGGGCCACCUUCGUCUGCCAUCCGAGAUAUGGGCAUUAAAAGCACAUCCAAACACAUCAUGUCAGCUGCUGGGGUGCCAAUCAUUGGUGGUUACCAUGGAGAGGACCAAUCAAAUGAAAGGCUGCAAGCAGAGGCUUCCCAGAUAGGAUACCCUGUGAUGAUUAAGGCAGUCCGUGGAGGAGGAGGGAAGGGGAUGCGUAUUGCGCGGUCAGACUCAGACUUCUUGGAGCAGUUGGAGUCGGCGAGAAGAGAGGCCAGAAAAUCUUUCAACGAUGACGUCAUGCUGGUUGAGAAGUUUGUUGAGGACCCCAGACAUGUGGAAGUUCAGGUGUUCGGGGACAUGCACGGUAACGCUGUUUAUCUGUUUGAGAGAGACUGCAGCGUCCAAAGGAGACAUCAGAAGAUCAUAGAGGAAGCACCAGGGCCUGGUAUUAGUCCUGAGGUCCGCAGGAAGCUUGGAGAGGCAGCAGUCCGAGCAGCCAAGGCUGUCAGCUACGUAGGGGCAGGUACGGUGGAGUUUAUAAUGGACGCCCAGCAUAACUUUUACUUCAUGGAGAUGAACACCAGGCUGCAGGUGGAACAUCCUGUCUCUGAGAUGAUCACUGGAACGGACCUGGUGGAGUGGCAGCUCAGGGUGGCAGCGGGGGAGCGCCUGCCUCUCCUCCAGGAUGACAUCAUUUUAAGGGGACACUCUUUUGAGGCUCGAAUCUACGCCGAGGACCCAAACAACGACUUCCUGCCAGGGGCGGGGCCUCUGCUGCACCUCUCCACCCCUCCACCCGACCAACACACACGCAUAGAGACUGGAGUCAGGGAUGGGGACGAGGUGUCUGCACAUUAUGACCCAAUGAUCGCCAAGCUUGUGGUGUGGGGAGAAGACCGAUCUGCUGCCUUAAAGAAGCUGCGGUACUGCUUACGACAGUACAAUAUCGUGGGACUGAACACCAACAUUGACUUUUUGCUGAGUCUUUCGGGCCACCCGGAGUUUGAGGCCGGAAAUGUGACCACCAGCUUCAUCCCUCAGCACUACGCUGACCUCUUCCCCGCUCCGAGAGCUCCUUCUGGGGAAGCGAUCUGCCAGGCGGCCCUGGGCCUGGUGCUGCAGGAGAGGAAACACACACAGGAGUUCACACAGACCUCCACUGACCCCUUCUCCCCAUUUGGCUCCAGCAGCGGCUGGAGAAACAACAUUCAGUUUAACAGAAAUAUGACGCUACAGGUGGGAGACAAAAAGGUUGAUGUGGUCGUCGUGUACAACAAAGAUGGAAGCUACACAAUGCAGAUUGGUGAGGAGCUGUACCAUGUGACUGGGGAGGUGGAGAUGGAAGGUGGAGCAUCAUUCCUGCACUGUUCUGUCAAUGGUGUGAAGUCUCGUCCCAAACUGGUGAUCCUGGAUAACACAGUGCACCUGUUCUCCACGGAGGGAAGCUCCCAGGUGUCUGUUCCUGUGCCCAAGUAUCUGGCCGGUGUGAGUGGCUCUGGGGCCCAGGGCGGAGCCGUGGCCCCCAUGACUGGAACCAUCGAGAAGGUGCUGGUGAAAGCGGGAGACAAAGUGGCUGUAGGAGACCCGCUGAUGGUCAUGAUCGCCAUGAAGAUGGAGCAUACGAUCCGGGCGCCCAAGUCAGGCGUGAUCAAGAAGGUUUUCUUCAGCGAGGGCUCUCAGGCCAAUCGGCACGCUCCCCUGGUGGAACUGGAAGAGGAGGGGGAGGGGAGCAGCCAGUAAACAGACUCAAACACACGAUACUCACAAGUACACGCUGGCAGGUAGGAGAGAGCUACUGUGACAGGUGGAGGGAAAGAGAGGCGACCUGAACGACGUUGGUGUCCAGCACUAUGUUAAUAUUUCCUAAAGGCAGGACCUGAAUCAUCAGCGGGGGUGAGUUUGGUUCAGUCUGGAAGGGAUGAGUCACAGACUUUCACCCUGGGGACCCAAAAUGCGUUGAGGAAGGUGAGAAACAGGUGCUGGGUUUGACCUGUGUGACAGCAGUAAAAAGGCUCAUCCAGUGAGCAAACACCACAUAUAUCUAAUGUCCUGUUGCCUUUCACACAUUACAUAUGUACAUGUGGGUUGUAGAACUUCUGUUUGUUUCUGCUUUUCUUUCUUGCGUGUUGCAAAGUUUUAUUUGUCUGUCCUCUCUGUGUUGGCUUCUGUCAGGGAUGUGGGCUUAGUUAAAAAUGGUUUAUUCUCUUUUACAGUGGAGUUUAAUGCCCUUGUACUGGUGAGGUUGACAGCCAAGUAUCUUCUACUUCUUUACCUUUACACUGUGACAGAACUGAAGGUUGUUUGUGAGCAGAUCUGAGGCAGAAGAUAGUAAGAAGUUGGAAUGGCAAAUGAGAAAUGGGAUGAAGCACUUGCAGAAUUAUGCCAUAGUUGGCUGUAGGAAUUGUUACUGAUGACUGAAGAGACAAAACUUGACAUUUACACAAACUUACAAUAACUAGAAUGAAUACAGUCAAUCUUUAUCAACUUGUAAUGCUUUAUUACUGGUUUGUAUUGUCCCUGUGCACAAAGAACAAUUGUGGCAGUUUUCUAACAGAAUAUUUUUGCAGUUUGGAAAACUGUCCCACCAGUUGUGAAUAUCAGAAACCUUGCCAGUAUUUAAAAUGUGCAUCGUCACUAAGCUUAAAGCGAGGCUGUUUGUCUUAGUCAUUAAAAAUGGACACUGCACCAUGACUCUCACUGGACAGUGAUUGAAAAGAAAAGAGGCUGGAUGUAACUUGGUGAGGGAAUGUAAUGGGGUCUGUUGAUGUCCAGUUUUUUUAAAUCCACUCAUAGUGUCCUUCCAGACUGACUCCAAACUCUUCAUCAGUCACCCCUGAAGUUUGCCCUUAUAAAAACAGAAGGGGUCUGCUGUAAGAGAGCGGAGAGGAGAUUACAACAUUGCACUAAGGGAAAAGGAAAACACUCCAGAAUUAUCCAAUGAUUCCCAACUCUGAUUUGAAAAUAACCCUUUAAUGAUGAAAUGUCGGUCACAGAGGGCUUUAAGCAGACAGAUGGUUUGUUUCUGUGUAAAUCCGCCUUCAGUCCGAGUGAUUUACCCCACAGACGACAUGUGAACUCGACCCGUUUCUGCUGAUCACUCUCUUCUUACUAACUGGUGUGUUAUGAGGCCUUGUAGACUAAAACUGCUGAACACCUGUGUUCAUUUUGUAGAUGAUUUUUUUAAAAAAGACAUUGGACUGGUGAGAUACUGUAAUAAAAAUAUUUGAAGAGUAUGCACACGGCCUCGUCAUACUUGAGAUCAUUGUGUUUGAAGAUGUGUUGCUUAGUGUGUAAAAUAUUUAUCUAUUUACUUGUGUUGGUGUGUACACACAGGGAUUGAUUGACAUCUCCCUCACCCUCUUAAAAUGCCCGCUACACAACAAAUAAGAGUGAAUGGAAGUGAAGUAAUGAAUGUCGUAACUAAGUGCUUGUGUGCAUUAACUAUGUCUUUAUGUUUCCUAAACUCAAGGCAGCAGCUGCUCCUUUUAGGUGGUAGAUUAGGUGGUUUAGUAGAUUUAUCUUUGCCAGAAAAACAGUUAGUUCUCAUCUCUUAAGUGUUUCCUCUUGUAAAACCUAAAAAAAACUGUAUGGAAACACUUCAGAUGAAACAUAAAUGUUACCUUUGUAUAGCUUGUCAAGUGUGACACGUGCUCAUUGUUGCCACCUUGUGGCCGCUCGGGGGAAAACCUUAUUCACGGUUCCCAGCAGCCGUCAUGUACUAGUAGGAGUUUACCGCCAUCUGUCGUCAGGUGGCAGUAAUGAGCCCGUUAUGUUUACCUCAAGACAUUGAGGCCAAGAAGAAGACGUUGCCCACUAGAAAACCUAAUUGGAAAAGCGACGCACAGGUGAGACCUCUUCAGCAGAAGCGUUUUGAAGCAGAAUUUUUCGUUUUUACAAGAGACAGAUUAGAAGGACUGAGAUUUAACUGUUUAGUUUUGGUAAAUGUGCGCGUGUCAAACCGCUGAGCUCCGUUACAGAGCAGCGUCACAUGACCUGUGGUUGCAGUUCAACGAGCAGUUUGCAGGAGCUGUGGCCCAAAGCCAAAACACUGAAUGACUCCAAGCAGCUGUGCUGAGUCCAAAUGGGAAAAGUGACAAAAUGUACUCCAAACAGCAAGAAUGCGCACUAUAAGCACUUAAUUUGUUUGUGGUUGUUGGACACUGUUCUCUUAUACUGCACAAAGCAAAAAGGAGAUGCUGCUCAAAAUAAGAUGGAAAAAAGUAAUAGUAUAUAUAUAAACAGGAAAUUAUUUUUGCAUUGCUUACAAAAAGUUGAAAAUUCCUGUUAGUGUAAAACAAAGUUUUAACUGGUUUACAACCUGGAAAAAGUAUAAUGAUUGAUGAAAUAAUGAGUAUAUGAUAUAUUCGGUAUGCAGUACGGAAAUGUCAAAUCUGUAGUGACACUUGUUUCUGAUCUUAUAGCUGUCAGGUCUGUUCUUUUUUUUAAAAGCUGCAACUAUUUUCAUUAUUGAUUAAAUAUAUUUAUUAUGAUGAUUAAUUACUUGUUUGCUUGUUUUGGUCUGCCGACAGUCCAGACAGUCCCAAAGAUAAUUAUUUUCUACAAAACAAACAAAAAAAGCAAAUCCUCAAAUUAAUAAUCAAAAUUGA